UACAGUUCUCUGGUCCAUUAUAAUCCAAUCCCACAAACUCUGACUUAAAGCUGCAAUUCCUGAGUCCAGUUUGAUGAAGUCCAUCAGGAUGAAGGGAAUAAUCUUUGUUCUCUGGUUGCUGCCCUUUUCAGAGUGUCUUAAAAGAAUUCCACUGAAGAGAUACAAGUCCAUCAAGCAAAUGAUGAGGGAGAAAGGGAUCCUGACGAACUUUUGGGAACAUAACAAGCUUGAUAUGGUACAGCAGGGUCAAUCCCAGGAGUGUUCUAGACUACAAGCGUCAACUGAGCCCCUUCUCAACUACAUGAAUUCUCAGUAUGCAGGAAUGAUCUCUAUCGGCACACCCCCUCAGAACUUCACAGUCAUAUUUGAUACCGGCUCAUCCAAUCUGUGGGUACCUUCAGUUUACUGCUACAGUGCAGCCUGCAAGCAGCAUCACAAAUAUAUCCCAGAAGAUUCAUCAACUUAUGAGAGGGUCGGCCGUCCCUUCUCACUCCACUAUGGAACUGGCAGCCUCUCUGGAGUAAUGGCAACAGACACGGUGAACAUUGAAGGCUUCUCUGUUGUGGACCAGAUGUUUGGGGAAAGCGUGACGGAGCCAGGCACCACGUUUGAGUACUCCCCAUUCGAUGGUAUCUUGGGUCUGGCCUACCCGUCCAUCGCUGUAGCAGAUGCCACACCUGUGUUCGACAACAUGAUGGCCCAGAACCUGGUGGAGCAGCCGCUGUUCUCUGUGUUCCUGUCCAGGGAUGACGGGAAGGGAAGUGAAAUAAUUUUCGGUGGAUUUGAUCCUGCACAUUUCGUUGGGGAACUCAACUGGAUUCCUGUGACUAAGCAAGGGUACUGGCAAAUCCAGCUGGAUGGUGUGCAAGUUGGAGGCAACGUUGUAGCCUGUGAAGGUGGGUGCAAAGCCAUUGUGGACACUGGGACCUCCCUCCUCAGCGGCCCAACCACGAGCAUCAGUGUGAUACAGAGCAGCAUCGGGGCCAUGUCUAGUGGCGAAGGAGAGAUGGCCAUUGAUUGUGGCAGUUUGUCCAGCAUGCCUGAUGUGACCUUCAUAAUAGGAGGAGUUGAGUAUGUCCUUCCUCCUGAGGCCUACGUUCUUCAGUAUGAGAAUCCUUGGGGAGAGCUGCAAUGCAACAGUGGAUUCCAAAGUAUGGACAUUCCUCCCCCUGCCGGACCAUUGUGGAUCCUUGGAGAUGUCUUCAUUGGAUAUUAUUAUGCUGUAUUCGACAGAGGAAAUAACCAAGUGGGAUUGGCUAAAUCAGCAUGAUGAUGAGUCGGAAUCAGGCUUAUUAUCACUGUUGUGAAUGUCUUGUUUUGCAUCACUUCCUCAGCUAGAGGAAUACAGUUAUACAGUUGACUGGUUGAUGGAAACCUGAUCUGUUAUGGCUUUCUAUUUUUCAAAAUGGCUUUAGAAAUUUUCUAUCCUCAGACGUUUAAUGGAAACUUCUAUUGUUUUCUCGUUAUGUGCUGUGUCGUAUGACGUGGGCGAUCUUGGUCUUUCUAUGAUCAUGAUUUUUCUUGGCAAGGAGCUUCUAGCAAAGGCUAUUUUUAGUUAAGCAAUGGAUAAGAGGUGUUUAUGGGAAUAUGGGCCAAAAGAAACAGGUAGGACUAGUUUGGUGGGACCAUGGUCAGCAUGAAGAAGUUGGGCCGAAGGGCCUGUUACCGUGUUGUAUCAAUCUGUAAAUCUUCUGCAAUCCUGUAAUGCAGUGUUUAAACCUAAUGCCAUAAACCUUUGGAUUUAAGAUGGUGACAAAGCUGGAGUUUUGUUGAAAUAAUGUCAGGCAACAAUUAUGCCUGUCAAUAUCGGAGAAAUCUUGGUAAUGGGGGCUUUUAAACAGUCCCUCUAACCAACUGUAUAAAAUCCUUUUAGAAGAGACAUGGAAAAGUUUAGAGGGAUAUAGGCCAACUGCAAGCAAAUGGACAACAUGGUUAGACUAAGUGCAUUGGGCCGAAGGGUCUGUUUCUGUGCUGGGUAGCUCUACGACUUUAGGACUGCUCUGCAAGGUUGUGGUUCAGUCACUUAUGAGUCAGAAUGGUUAUGGGUUCAAGUCUCACCCAGAGACUUAAGUGCAGAAUUUCGAACGAUGAUCUGGUACAGCAUGAAGGGAGUCCUGGGCUGUUGGAGGAAUUCCUCCCAGAUGUGACAUUGAACAGGGACCCUGUCCGCUCGCUCUCUCUCUAAUCUGUGUGGAAGUCUGCCUCACUGAAUGAAUCAUUCACAAUGAUAUCCCCAGGCUCUUUUGUAACUUCCUGAGUAACAUUCGAAAUAAACAUUAUAUAUUAAA